CCUGGACACCGCUGUGGGGAGGCGGGCGCGGCCUCAUCGCCUUUCUCCUUGUCGCAACGUUUUCGCCGCUCUGACUGCCUCAGCGGGAGGUAACGGCUUGGGAACCUUCCCAAGGGCUCGUCCCCGCGCCUCCCGCCUCCCAGGGUCUCCCCGCUGGCUGUGGGUACCUCCGUCUUCCUCUCGGCCGUCUGCCGUCCCGCACCCGUCCUCCCUGGCCUCGCAGGCGCCCCCUCCCCGCCGUGGCCCCCCACAGGUCCACGGGGGACCUUCGGACAGGGCUCUUCGGCCACAGUCAGGAGGAAACUUGUCAGCAGACCCCACCGACGACAGAGCAGCGGGGAAUGGACGCGGGUUCCUAGCAUCCGCCGUGGCAGAAACCCCAGGACGGCAGUGAUUUUCUUGAAAAUGCACGCCCCGAUUUGUUUGAAAUAAAGGAUCUGGUGACUGGCUUUGCUUAAUUGGUCACUGGUAGCUCAACAAGCAUGGAGAUGAGAUUAGAAGUUUUGACAUCAACGAGUAUCAAACAGAAAAAACCCUGGCCCAGAGUGUCUUGGUUGGGUCAAGAAAAUGAAGCUGUUUUUCUUCUGGAUGAGAAAUUCAUAAAUGAGAUUAAUUUGCUGUCAGGAAGAACAAAGAAGAAGAUUCCUAGUCUGCAGCCUUUGUUGAAGGAUGUUGUUUUCCUGGCAACAUCCACUAACGAUGUGUGGCUGUCCGGGGUCCUCACUACAGGAGAGCUGUUCCUCUGGAACAGAGAUCAAGACUGUGUGAAAAAGAUACAAGUGACUGAAAGGCCUAAAGAAGCUAUAAAAGCUGCAGUAGCAAGUUCUUCAAGACUAUCCUUAUAUGUAGCUGAAAAUGGGAAAAGAAUUCUGCUUAUUACAUCUUCUGGCUGCAUACUUCUGUGGGAAUACAUGGAAUUGAAGAAUAUCUUAUCUUCUAAAAGCCUUUCUUUGGUGGGUCAGUGGUCUCAGAUUGUGCCUGAAGAAGCAAUUUUAUUGCCUUCCACUAAAGAUAAAGAAGCUGUAGUGGAUGCUGUUUUUGUAAAAAAUGAGUUACUUGGCGACUGCUGCCUGUGUUCAUUUACUUUUUAUUCUGGAGAAUGCUUGAAGCUAACAUUUCUGGCCAUUCAGUGGUAUGAGAAUAUAUUUACAUCUGUAAGGUCACUGCCAUUCCGUGUUCACUGGGCACAACAGGAAUGCCGUCUGUGCAGUCUGAUUCCUAAGUGUGCAUCAGUAAAGUCAAGAGGAGCUCUGAUCUCUGCCUUCUCAAGAGAUGGCCUUGCUCUAGCAGUAACUCUUAAUCAGAAAGACCCAACGGCAACUCAGGUAUUAUUUAUAAACACAUUGAAUUUUGUGACUCUCUGUGGUGGCCUUAAAGGAUGUAGUAAUAAGAAUCCCGUGGUCCCAGCUACACUUACGAGGUCAUAUUGGGUUGGUGACAUCAGCUGGACGCAUGACAGUCUUUUUCUGGCUUGUGUAUUAAAGCGUGGCUCCCUGGUUUUAUUGACCUGCCUGGGUGAAUUGCUAACAUUAGUUACAUUUGGUUGUUCUAUAGAGUUUGGGCCAGCUGAAUUUAUUCCUCUUCAUCCACUAAUAACAUAUAGACCACAGCGGCUUCCAUUUCAAGAUUCAAAUAAUGCUGUUGAUUCGGCAGCCUCUGAGAGUGACCCUUUGAGACAGAGGUUUUCUAUAAAAGCGCACUCACGACUACCCUACCUUCUCAUCUCUGAUGGCUACAUGGUCACAACCCUUCAGUUUCUUGAUAACCAGUCUCCAACAAUGCUCGUGAGGGCCUUGCUUCUUGAUUCGACCCAGAGGCUUGAGAAAGCCUACCAGAGCAUGAUGCUGUCUAAGCCCAAGGAGAAAGGGCUGAAUUUGCGAUCUCUGGAUUCCUUGAGGUCUAGCCUGUUAAAGCGUCAUGGAAAGGAAAGUUCAGUUCAAUGCACUGUCCCCAGAUUUUUGCAGGCAGAAGAAACAGUGAAGUUAAGUGAAACCACAGAUUUUCAGGAUUUUGAAGGAGAAGAAACCAAUGAAGUUGAACAGUUUCUAAACAGUUCAUUUUCUUUUUGUGACCAAAGAAAAGAUAUACUGUUUAAUACUGCCAAGGAAGGAAGAUUGGAGUUUGCAUCUAUGUUUGAUACAAUUCAUGCAAAGGAUGAUUCCAAGGAGACAGACAGAACCAUUGCAGAACUGCAUUGUAUCCAGAAAAAACUACUUGCAGCUUGGACUAUAGGAGUUUCAAAAAAUGUAGCAGAAAAAAAGUUAAUGUUAAAUUACACAGUACUUUGCAUCACUCACUUUUUCUAUAUUCUUCAGUUUAUAAAAUGUCCUUUGCCAAAGUUUGACCUGUUUUUAAAUAAGAGUCUGAAGCAUAGCACCUGGGUACUCUGUGUCUUUCAACUUUUUCAUCAGUGUUUAUCAACCCACUAUUGGGAUGUGAGAUACAGACAAAAUGUAGGCCAUUUGCUGAAGCUCACCGCAAAUACUGUAACGCUUCUCCUGACUCAGCAACAAAAACACGGACUGUUCUCAGAAAAGCUUCUAGCUUGCCUGUCUUUACUCCGAGCUGUGACUGACUGUUUAAAUGGCACGUGCAGUCUGCAGCCUGAGGCCGCUCCUGCAGCAGCUGAUGGAAGUCGGCCAGCAGAGCUGGACUCGUUAGUGGUACCCGUUUUUCAAUCUUCCAAGGAAAACUGGUCUUGGGACUCAUCUUUAAAGACUUAUCCUCAAGUGACAAAUCGAGUUCAGAAGCCAGGUCACAGAUUGAUUGCUCUUUGGAGACUAUUGUACAAAAAAACUUUGUGGUAUCAAGCACAAUUAAGCCGAAGAAUUCCUGAUGAUGACAGACAAUUAACUGAAAAUAUCACACAUGAAGUAUCUUUAGUCAAGACUCUGUUAUGUCAUGUCCAGGCUAACCUGCAGGUGGCUGGGGAUAGCUUGAGUCAAGCCUUAGAACUUACAGCUCUCAGUGGUGAAGAGUGUUUUCUGCUAGCAUCAUAUGAAAAGUCAGUUUGCCUGUGGAAGAAGGCUCUACAAGAAACCCAAGAGAAAGGAGGAAGAAGGAUGCGCUUUCUUCAGUUACGCUACUAUCUCUCUCUCUUGUACUGUCACCUCUACUGUUACAAUUUAAACGAUGCCCAAGGAUUAUGUGAUCACCUAGUAAGAGAGAUACUCAGCUGUUCCCAAUUACCUGUACAAGAAAGGAAAGAUUGCUCAGAUCCUGAGGUUGCGGUGACUGGAAAUGUACAUCCUGAGGCAGCAGUCAGAGUUGUCCAGUGUAUGGCCCGUUUCAUGGCUGCCUACUUCACCAAUGAGCCACUCUUCAUCCUGCCGCCUCACAGUGUGAAUGUCCUUCCUCCGCUUCAUGUUAAGACAGAGCAUUCCGUGCGACUUAUUCCUCUACAACACUCUAAGGUGGCCAGUAUUGUUCGAGAUCAGAAUCUCUCAAAUGUGUGGACAGUUGAAUAUACCCUUGAAUUAUUAUUUAUUGGUGGCCUGAUUCCAGAGGCUGUGUGGAUGGCACAUAAACUUGGAGACUGGAAGACUUCUGUUUCCAUUGGUGUGGCCUUCCAAGCGUUCUGUAAACGUGACUGCAAUCCUAUGUGGUCCAAGAAAAAGGGCAUGGACCUACCUUUAAAUAUGAUACCAGCCCAGAUUUUCCAGGAAAAACUGCAGUGUUUUUUAGGUCAGCCAGUUUCUUUGGCAGCAAAAAAUGAAAAGGGCUCAAAAUAUAAGCAAUUUACAGAUCCCAUUGAAGAGGAAGAUGCCAAUCUGCUGUUUGGGUCUGUGCAAGAGGUGCUGAAAGCUUCAGCCAUGGCUGAUGCUGAUAUUGUUUCAGAAACACUACAGCUGUUGAUGGAGUCCGCUAAGGACUUCAGUAAAAAGCUGUGGGGCUUAGUGCCCGUCGACUUGUAUCUUCCAGCGCCUCCGUUGUAUUGCCCCCAGCCUGCCCUUCUUAGUGAGGAACAUGGUGACAAUCUUUUUUUAAAAGCUGAAAAAGAUAACCGCCACAAGCUGUCUGGGAUCCUGCAGCGUGUUCUCCUGCUUUUCCGGGCAUCUCGGUGUUCCUUUCCUGUUGCACAGUGGUACAUCUUACAGCUGAGGUGGGCAAGAAAGGUCAUGCAGAAGAUUCGAGUGAAAGGGUCCCUUCCUUCUCUUAGUUCUUUCCCUGAAUCCUUACUUAAUUACUGUAAAGGAGGGAUAGCAUUCUUUAGACCUGGAGCAGCCGGAGACCAUAAGCUUGAUGAAGUUUCCAUCAAAGCCCUAGGUUGUUUCAGAGAACUUUGUGCUUUGUGCUGGAUGUUGCAUAUCCGGGAUAAAUUAUCAUACACUUGCAGGCAGUAUCAGAAAGCAAGAGAAAAUACGAAGAUAGAAAAGGACCUUGAGGUGGAGUUUGAUUCUUGUGUGGUUGAGCACUGUUUUCAUGCACUGGAAUGGGCCUGUAGGAUGCUACCAUUCUCUCGGUUUUUUAAUAUGGAAGAACUUAUUCAGGAUAUAAUUUUGAGCCUUAUUGGAGAACUGCCACCAAUCAGAAAGGUAGCAGAAAUUUUUGUGAAAGCAUUUCCCAAUCCUGAGGCCAUAAGGGUUCCUUUAAGAGAAAAAUACCACUCACUUCAACAGAAACUCAAACAUGGUGUUGUGAAAGGUCCCCAGACUGAGGAACUGAUGUCUGUGGUCAUGCGGUCUGCCCAUAAAGUGAGGGCGAAAGCCCUAAAACGUGUGCAGAGGAACAUAGGCGCUUUUGAGAUGAAUAUAUGGGAGCCGGAUGAAGAAGAAAAACCAGCUGCUGCUCCUGCCACUGCUGACACGUUUUCCCUGGGAACCAGUUUGAGCAGAAGUACACUCACCUUAGAACUGGGCAGUUCUCUGCUACACAGUGAUGCGGAUACCUUCUCUGAAACCUUGUCUUUUGAAGAGAAAACUUGGAUACACUUGUAUCAAAGGCAUGCCCCAAGUCAUAUGGAUUUAGCAUUGGUUGGUAAGCCCAGUGAUAAAAAGAAAAUAAGUAAUCAGAAAGAGAACCCCCAAAGGAAAGAAGACCAUGAAACUUCAGGGAAAGAAGCACUUCCUGUAAUCGGUGUUUGGGAAUUUGAGCGUGAUGAUGAUGAAUAUAUGAACUUCCUUGAGCUCUUCUUGAGCUAUGUUCUUGAAAGAGACCUUUGUUCCCGUGAUCCUGGCAUUCCAUUUUUGACAAGCUUUUCUGAGCAUCUUAGAGAACACGAACUUAAUUCUCUACUUUUUGAUGUACAUACAACAUUAAAACGACGCCAGAGCAAAGCCAGCAGUGACAGUGUGUAUAGAGCUGGUUCCUGCUUUGCUGUCACUCCUGAGUCACAGGAAUCUGAAAACCUGUUUUCUCUAAACAGUGCAAGAGCCAGAAACUUAGAAAGCCAGGCCCUUUCAGCUUUAGAAGUAGGUAGCCAGUCAGGGAGCACUGCAGAGAACCCUCUACCUGAAGUCAUGAACCAUGAAGGAAAGGUGGGAUUGUUUGGUUUAAAACAAAAGCCAAUUUAUAGAGCUCCAGAUGACAAACGGGAGAAACCCACAGUGCAGAGGUCAUCAGGCCACCCCUUUUGGAUUCCCAAGUUCUUUAAAACUGGAAGACACAGUUUCCGAGUGCUUCAGUGCAGUGCUGGCCACCCUCGGGAGGACCUUCCUCUGGUACUUCAGAACUUGUUCGGUGAUGCAGGGAGACUAGUAGAGUGGAUGAUCCGGUGGUCAGAUCGGAGACUCCUCUGUGAUUCUGAGGUCACUCGGUCGUCCUGUAAAUACAGUCCAGUAAUUCGUGUGAAGACCUCUACAGCUGCCAUUCUUACCUCAUUGUGGCUUCUGGAGCAACCCUACUUGGCUGCAUAUACGGCAACCAAUGGCAUUAUUAAGGUUCUAGAGAAUCAUUGCACCAAGUCUCAAGUGACAGCUGAGAGAGAGAGCAACGCUGAUGGAAAUGUUGACUCUCCAGUUCCAGUAGCAGCUCAGACUGGAGCUGAGGAGAGAAGUGACCAGGAUGAAUGCUGUCAAGGCAUCUGGAACAGAAUGCCAGCUGAAGCAGAAAACCGUGAAGUGAAAGCAACUGACGAUGAGAUUCUUCCUGUUACUCAUAGGACUGAGAAAGAAUGUGUAGACGCUGACGAGCGUCAUUCAGAAGUAGAGUCAUUUACACAGGAUGAAAUGGAUGUGCACAUCUCAGACCCUGAAGAAGGAUCUGUUGGGAGCCCCAGAGUCCCUGAUGCUGUCACCCGCUGGCCAGUGUCCCAGCUCUCAGAGCAUUCCACAGAAGAGGCUCAGUGUUCCAGGAAAGAACCAUUGGAGACCAGCGUGGAUACAAAAUUGACAGAACAGAAAGGUACGAGCGAAGCCUUGCCAAAAUCCGAACAUAGCAUUCCUCACUCACUUUGCAUAGAUGCAAUUUCAGAAACUUCUAGUGCACAGAUCUCUGAACUUAAAGAUAAACCAUCCACAGUUCCACCCCUCAUGUCAAACGGAGCCCAGGUUACUUCACAAACACCUCAGAAGACUCAGGGAAAUGACCACAGGGUUCAGUUACCAGAUUCUUCUGAUUCUGUUAGGCAGAUGCUCCAAGAUGAAAUGUUUAAAUUAGUUCAGCUGCAGCAGAUCAAUUUUCUGAGCCUGAUGCAAAUAGUAGGACCAUCUGUUGCUAAUCUCCCAGACACGCAGCGACUUGUUCAGCAGGCUCAGUCUGUGCAUUUCGGGGAAAGCCAAGUAGCAAACCCCAUAAGGAGUGAUUGUGUUGAAGUCAACAGCGGACAGAAACUUCUUGCUAAGCCACAAUCCAUGGGACAGUGCACCAGGCAUCCUGGCAAGAGCAGCCCACCAGGCCAUGAAAGAAUUAGCCAACCUGAUCAAGAUAAUGGAGAGACACAGGAUAUUGCACAUGAGAGUACUCCCUUGGGUCAAUCAGAUGGCCAGCCUAAGCCGAGAUGGCGAACUGGAGCAUCUCGAAGCUGCGCUCCUGCUUGCCUUCCCCAGGUUCCUGCUGGAGAGGGUGGCCUCCAGCUCUUGUUCACAGCCACUGCUGUGCAGAAGACGCCUCAGCUGAUUCCACCCGCCAGAGCCGCCACUGCUGGGAGUGCUUUCCCUUUGCUUCAUUUUCAGCCCAAGCAUGAAUUCAAGCCCCUGCCCUUACCUGUAGGAAGAAUUCCAGGAGCUCCUUCCAGGCCCCAGGCCCAACCAAAAGAGGCUUGGGGCCUGUCUGACUCUUGCCAAUCUCCCGUGUCUCAGAGAAUGGUGCCUACCAUGCCACCAUCUCCUUCAGGUUCAAGCCAGUACUAUAAUGCUCAGGCCAUGAAAAAAGCCGAGGCUGUGCUCCCAGGCAUCCCCAAGCAUGUGAACUUGGAUCAGUGCACUGGGCAAGAGUCCGUGACACCGCAGCAGGAUUCCUCAGUGUUGAUAAAGCCAGGAAAUGUAUUCGAUGUUACACCAAGGCCCCCUGAGACGGCUCUUCAGAAUUCUUUUGGACUUCCUUUAUUACACCUUCAGUUUAAGCCGCCUUAUGUAUUCUCCAUGCCAUCGAGAGCGGCGUUAGGUAGCUUUCCCUCAGUACCUGGCCCAGAAGGAACAAAACAUCCUCAACUGUCAUUACUUCAUCCAUGCUUGCCGCCAGAGAAUACGUAUAAGAAGCCCCAGCUUAUCCCACUUGAAAACCUCCUGGCAUUUAAAAGAAGCCAACAAAAACUAGCACACAAUGUAUUUGAACAAGGCGAUUCUGCCCAUCUUCAGUUUCUAAAGGUCAAUAUGGAAGCAUCUAAAAUAACACAAGGAAAGAAGAGGCAAAGCAGACGAGCUGAAAGGGAGCUGCAAGAAAGAAGGGCUCAGAAGCCCAGAAGAAAGCCAAGUGUUAGUUUCCGACCAGAUGAUUCCCUCAUUAGUAAUGAGUCAGAAGUCCCCGUGGAACCCAAGGAACAACUAGGACAUCAUGAUUCUCAGCCUUUGGAUAAAUUUGACAUUCCUUUUGAAAUGUUAGAACACGAUGUUAAUACUUCAGCUAGACUGCAUUUCAUGGCCUCUGUACAAAAGAAAGCUGUGGGACGUCAUGAUGCAAGUACAAACACAGACCCAGCACAAGAUAAAGAAGGUACUUCCCAAGAAGUUGAUUCUGAAAGUAAUAAAACUCAGCAAGUCAUUUCUACAAAUUCAGGCCAUGAACCUUUGAAUGUUCCACAGCUUUUAAUUCCAGACAUAUAUCUAAAUGCCAGACUUCCCACCGGAAUAUCAGAGAAACCUUUGUCUCCAUCCCCACCUCCUAUGGCUAGACACACGUAUAUAGAUGUGAUUGACAUUGAAGCUGAUGACCUGUUGGGAUUGCCUGCCAGUGAAGAGCCUUCAGAUGACGUUGCCAAGCAGCAGAGCCAUCCUCCAGAAGCCCCAUCGUCUGCAGAGUUACACUGCAUGGCAGCUUCAGUUGUCAGUACUGCUCCCCCUCAGCCUCCUCAGAGGCAAGAAUCUGCAGGUUCUACUCUGAGUUUAAUUUCUGAACCCGCAAAAAUGACUCAAUCCUGUCAGGAUGGGGAAAGCUGGAGAAAAAGUGUUAUGGAAGCAAAGGAGCCAGAGAUUCUCUCCGUGAUGCCAUCCGACCAGCAACAGGGUGGAGAACAAAACUUCCAGGUCAAGGAACAGAGCACAAAAUUGGACUCUGCGGAACAGUCCCUGCUUUGGACCCUGCUACAGGAUGCCUCUCCUGCGUGUCCCACUCCAAGCCCUGCUGCGUGUCCCCCUCCAAGCCCUGAUACGUGUGUCCCUCCAAGCCCUGCUGCAUGUGUCCCUUCAAGCCCUGCUGUGUGUGUCCCUUCAAGCCCUGCUGUGUGUCCCACACCAAGUCCCUCUGCUCAGAAGCUUGAACAUCUUACUGCCAAGCUUCAGAAGAUGGAUGAGCAGCUGUUAACAGUGCAGGCCAUUGCAGAAAAUAUAGAGCAAGACUUCCCUGCACCAGAAGUGCUGAAUCUACACUGGGAAAAGGCUGGACUGGUGGAUCAUGUUGGAUUAUCUUCUCGCCCUGAAAUUGAAAAGCUACUAGUUUCAAAAGCCAUCAGCAUUUCUGAAGUGUCUUUUCAGACUCCAGAGGAUGUGGAAGAUCAAAACAACACAGAGGAGGCUUCAGAGGCAGAGUUUUCAGUAACAGAAGAUCAUUCUAGCCAGAAAGCCUACGCAUGCCCUUCUGCAGGGUCUGCUGCCUGCUCCUCUGUGGGUUGGAACAUUACUUCUCCUGGUGUGAAUAACAGCAAGGAAUUAUUCAAAAGUGUUUCAGAAGAUCAACUCCAGGUGACUGGCUUGACAGAUAUUGCUGACAUCAUUAAUGACCUCAUAACUAAGAGGGGAGUGUCCAGCCAUGAGCUUGGCUUGACAGAGUAUCAAGCUAGAAAUAUAUCCAGGAUUCAGCAUCCUUCUGGUCGACGCCCCCAGAGAACUGACGAGGAGAGAAGAGAGAUUAAAGUCUGGAUGAAAAGAAAGCGGAAGGAGCGGAUGGCCGAGUACUUAGAUCAGCUGGCAGAGAAGAGGGGGCGUGAGCACGACCCUUUCUGCUCCAGAAGCAGCCCAUUUUAUAUGACUUCAAGGCAGAUCAGGCAAAGACAGAAGAUGAAGCAUGAGAAAGAUAGGUUGCAGCUGUGUAACCACUAUAGUCAGCGGAUCUCACAGGCAUACAGUCUGAUGAAUGAACUGCUGUCUGACUCAGUACAGAUAACCAAACCUGCAGAUAAACCCCUAGGUCGCAGACGGCAACAGUGCUCCUCUCCAAAGAGAGAGAAUGCACAGGGGCAGAAUUUAUCUGCGAAUAGACCUGCAGGAGGCAGACAUAUUUCCAGAUCAAGGCAUCUCCGUAAGGGGGAACCCUUGGGGCAGCCCCAAGGCUCAUCUCAGCUACGAGGUUCUAGUCCUCCAUGUUGGAGCCAGCAGCCUGUGAGAAGCCAUGGGGCUGUUGGGGUGGCUCCUCUGGUUCAGCAGGCAUGCAUAGAGGAUGAGAGAGAAGACAUGGUGGUGAGUCCCUGGACUCUGCCCUCCGAAAUCCACAAGAUUCUUCAUGACAGGUCCGGGUCCCUCCUACAGGACAUGUCAGCAGCUGACGAGGAAGAGCCUGAGCACUCUUUGGCGGGUGGCAUGGACAGCGUGUCUGAGAGCACGGGCAGCAUCCUCAGCAAGCUUGACUGGAAAGCCAUCGAAGACAUGGUGGCCAGCGUGGAGGAAAAAAACCUGUCUGUCCACUGGGCCUUGGACCAAUAGGACCUGCAUAGCGUUCUCUUUCCAGGCACUGAUGUGGUCCUGGUAGUUUUGUGGUCUAAGGCUGUGAAACACUGAAAGAAAUGAGAAUUUACAUCCUGCAGCCAUAAGCUGCUCUGGGUUAACCAUUCCAAGACAGAAAAUAAACACGUGUCAGUCACAUUGCUUUUAUGAGGAAAGGUUGUUUGCAUGUGAUUCAUCUUAAUACAUGUCAAGCCAGGCUUUCACAAUAUUUAAAUUACUUCUAAUAAAAAAUUGUACCUGCUAC